AUGGAGUUGGUUAAGUUGAAUCUAGAGCAAAUAAAGAGAAGGCAAACCUUAGAAAGGGAAGAGCAAGAACUAAGAAGAAAAAGAGAGCUCAUGGAAGCACAAAUGGAGGCCGAGAAAGCUAUCGUAUCCUAUCAGGUCGCUUCAGAAUUCGAGGAUGAACAUCUACCUACAACGGAAGUGGAUGUCCCUCUUUUGCCUAAGAAAGAACAAACAGACCAGCAAAAGAUAAUUCCAAAUCUGGCAGAAACACCUGGUACGAAACCUGUACCAAGUCAGUCGUAUCAUCAGGAGAUAGUUGGGGCGUUACGACAUGUGGUUAACUCUCCAAGGAUCGAGUAUUUGAGGUUCAAUGGGGAUCCGUUGAGAUACGUAACCUUCAUACGUAAUUUUGAGGUUUGUCUAGAAAAGGAUAAUCCUGACCAAGAAAGAAAGCUGCAGUUGUUAAUACAACACUGCGUUGGGAAGGCAAGAGAGGUGAUUGAAAGCUGUAUUAAUCUCGAGAAUGGAUACAAGGUAGCGAAGGAGACAUUGAAAUUGAAUUUUGGGAAACUGCAUAUCAUUGCAGAGGCUCAUGUAAAGAAGCUCAUGACAUUGCCUGACUUGAAAACCGUCGACGGACCAUCGUUAUUGGAAUUUGCGAGACAUCUAACGACAGCAGAAAGAACGCUGAUUGGAAUGGGGUCAGAAUAUACAGCAGACUUGAACUAUAUGAGCACUCUUAGAGAAUUGGUAAAGAAAUUAUCUAUGUUCCUCAGAGCCAAGUGGACGGAGCAAGCAGGAAAAUUAAUGGAAUCAGGACGGCGACCAUCUUACGGAGAAUUGGUAAAGUUUGUCCAGGAACGAGCAUGGUUGGUGGACAAUGAAUUUGGGAGCGAUAUGGCGAAAGUAUCGGGAACACGAAAGAGGCUAAAGGAAACAAGACGAAGAAUGGCAACAGUCACAGAUCCUUUAUGA